AUGGGCAACGACGGCGGCUCUAUCCCCAAGCGGCGAGAACUCGUCAAAGAGGCCGCCAAAUCCCUCACCACCGCCCAACUCAAAGAAGCGCUCGUCGAACAGCAAGAAUACUCCUGGUCAACCGACCCGCUUACCCGCAAGCCGCUCGCCAACCCCAUCGUAUCCGACGCAGCAGGCAUCCUGUACAACAAAGACUCGAUCAUCGAGUUCUUGCUCAAGGACGACGGGGAUGCGGCGAAGAGCGAGAUGAAGAGGGUGGGCGGGGUCAAGGCCAGUGUGGAGGGCGGGUUUGUAGAGCUGGGCACGUUUGGAGAUCGUGUGAGGAGUUUGAAGGAUGUGGUCGAGGUCAAGUUUGAGGUUGCGGAGCCCGAGGCUGGGGCUGGGGAGAAGACGAGGGGCGAGAGGUGGGUUUGUCCUGUUACGGGGACGGUGUUGGGGCCGAGCGCAAAGGCGGUGUAUAUUGUGCCCUGUGGGCAUGCGUUUGCAGGGAGUGUGGUCAAGGAAGUCAAGGAGAAUGCGUGUUUAACUUGCAACCAACCCUACGCCGAAACCGACAUCAUCCCCAUCAUCCCCUCCCUCCCAACCGACAUCGCCCGCCUCAACCAGCGCGCCAAAUCGCUCCGCGAAAAAGGCCUCACCCACGCCCUGAAGAAAGCCCCAGGCAGCAAGAAGCGCAAGAAGGACACAUCAGACUUGGACGCAAAACCAGACCUUUCAACCACCAACCCUAUCCCCUCUGAUCACACAGCCACUCCCACAACCACAUCCACCACAGCCAAACCAAGCCAACCCACACCCACACCCACACCCACAUCAACAUCCCUCCAAAACCCCUCCACCGCCUCCCUCACCCGCAAAGUCCUCGCCGAACAAGAUCGCCUCAAUAAGCGCCGCAAACUUGCCCAGAACACCCAUCUCAACAGCCUGUUCAACAAGUCCGAGGAUCGGCCCAGUGUGGCGAAUAGUGCGGAUUAUAUGACGAGGGGGUUUAGUAUCGCGAGGAAGUGA